GUGUUUAAUAUUUACCUAUUACUGACAAUGGAGAAUCACGCACGAGUGGAGUGGAUGCUGCAAUUGCGCGUUUACAUCAUCCUGGGCAGUAUGUUUUACCUGGUUCAGCUAGUCGACUCAAUUAAUCAUAGCGAUGAUAUCACUUCGUUUCUGUUCCGUUAUCCAAUCAGCAAGUUGACGCCGUCGGAAGCAGCGCAAAUCGAAAUUCUUCUGACGACGCUUCAUACGCAAAAGCCAAUUCUUAAAGCUUCGGGUAUAUUCACGAUUGGAACACGAUUAAUGGCAUCAAUUACUGGCACAGUGAUUACCUACGUCUUGGUCGCGUUACAGUUUCACGCUUCCUGGAACCAAGAUCAAUAAUCACAAUAAAAUGGAAUCCAUCAAACACCGAUCACCGCCCG